CUGAAGACGUCACUUCCGCAUUGGAAAGCGGUUGACAGCCGGUACAGACUAGAGCUGAUAGAGUCUGAUAGACUAGUUUUAACUGAAAAUAAUGAAUUCAACAUAAUCUCAGGUCAUUUGCGCUGUUUACACGGAAGUAGUGAUUUGGGGGAAGUCGGCUGCUUUCACAGACAUGUGGGUUUUCGGUUACGGGUCGCUCAUUUGGAAAGUUGACUUUCCGUUCGAGGAGAAACGUGUCGGUUUCGUUAAAGGUUUCAGUCGCCGGUUCUGGCAGGGAAGCACAGAUCACCGCGGAAUUCCCGGAAAGCCUGGACGUGUGGUGACGUUAAUUGAAGACCCCGAGGGCUGCGUUUGGGGUGUUGCUUACAAACUUCCAUCAGGAAGGGAGGGAGAGGUGAAGGAGUAUCUGGACUACAGAGAGAAAGGUGGAUACAGAGUGAUGACAGUUACAUUUCAUCCUAAAGGAGAGGAGCACAAGCCAAUCCAGAACACACUGCUCUACAUCGGGUCCUGCGACAACCCAAACUACCUCGGACCAGCGCCUCUGGAACUAAUCGCACAGCAGAUCCUCAUGUCAGUUGGACCCAGUGGAAAAAACACAGAGUACUUAUUUGAGCUGGCAGAUGCUCUCAGGGAGCUGAUGCCUGAAGAUUCAGAUGAUCACCUGUUCUCCUUGGAGCGCCUGGUCAAGGAACUUCUACAGAAGACUGUGGAUUGACACACUCAUCACCACAUGUGGGGUUUUCUCACAAUGGAGAUUCAACCACAUACACACACAUAUGAGUAGCUCAUAUAUGGAGUCUCACUAACUUAACUGAAGAUUAUUAAAACCUGAUUAUUUAAUAUUUGUUUCCUUGUUGUAACGUCAAAUAACUGCCUGUUUAAGCUUGUAUGGGUUUUUAUGUAUAUUUACUAGGGCUGGGUAAAAAAUAUAGAUUCUCCGAUUUUCAUCGAUAUUCAAUUUAACCAAACAAUAUUUAUCCGAAUCGAUUUUAAGGCGCGUGCUUUACUUGAGAGGAUGUGACUAUAACCUGUAGUUCGCCUCUCCUCCUGAACAUCGCCAUCUUUAAUGUUUUGAAUUUUGAAAACGAUUUUAUUUCUUUUUGUUAAUGAAUUUAUUUGUUGCACAUUUACCAUGUUUUUACAGUAAUGUGCAGUUUGUGUUUACCUGUGUGUGCAUUGAUGCACAUAUUUAUAAUUUCUUGUUACAAUGUUUGUUACUCAUUACUAAUGUCAGUUACCAGUAUUUAUAUUAAAACAUGGAUUCCAUGUCUACAAAACUAAUAUUUUAAAUGAAAUAUAAAUCGAUAUUGAAUCGAAUUCGACAUCGAAUCCAUAUAAAUAAGAAUUGAAUCGGUUGCAAUACCCAGCCCUAAUAUUUAUGCACCACGUAAAUUACUUAUAGUCACUCAAAAAGGGAAAUAAGUGUCAGCAAUUUUAUAGGAUGUGUGUAGCAGUGUGGUGGUGGGCCUAAGAGUUGAAAAGUUAGAAGAUGCAAUGAUAUAUGACCACAUGAACUGUACUCAUAAAUGAGACCAAAACAUACUGAUAUGUAAUAAAACAUCUAUAAAAGUAACAGCAAGUAUGGCAUUGACCAUUUCGUCUAUGCAAAAUACUUAAGUUUUGAAGUUGGUAAGAACAGUACAUGUACACUACAGAAAGAGCUACACUACCAGUCAAACGUUCAGACAUACUCGUUCUUUAUUUUAUUUUUUUCCUCCACAUUUUAGAAUAAUAAUAAAGUCAUCAAAACUCUGGAAUAGCACAAAUGGAACUAUGGGAAUUAUGUGGUCAUAAAAAAUCCAAAAUAAAUCUAAGUAAUUUAAUAUUUUAGCAUCUUCAAAGUAGACACCCUUUUUGCAUAGAAUUUCAAAUUGAGAGUUUCCUUUGCUGUAUGCUUUGGAUCGGUGUCCUGCUGGAAGUCCACCCUGUCUCAUCUUCAUCAUCAUCAUCAUCAUCAUCCUAGUGGAUGGCAGCAGAUUCGUCUCAAGAAUCUUCCGGUUAAGGGCUCCAUUCAUCCUUCCUUCACUUAUAAGAAGUCUGCCAGUACCAUGUGAUGAAAAACAGCUCACAUCAUGAUGCUCCCACCUACAAACUUCACUUCACUGGUGUAGUGUUUUUAUGGUGAUGUGCAGUGCCUUUUCUUCUCCAAACAUGGUGUGUAGUAUGACAGCCAAAAAGUUCAAUUUUGCUCUUGUCUGACCAGACUACACUCUCUCAGUAUAUCAUAGGCUUGUCCAAAUGAGUUGUAGCAAACUUUAAACGAGCUUCGACAUACCUUUCCUUUAGUAAUGGAGUCUUGCAGGAUGAGCGUGAGCAGUGGAGUGCAUUGCUUAUUGUUUUCUCUGUGAUGAUGUUACCUGCUGCCUCCAAGUGUUUCUGGAGCUCUUUCUGAGUGGUCCUUGGCUCUUGGGCUACUCUUCUGACCAUUCUUCUGACUCCCCGGUCAGAAAUCUUCAGAGGAGCUUCUGUGCAUGGCCGGUUGAUGAUGGAGUGAUGUUACUUCCACUUGUGGAUUAUGGCCCCAAUGGUGCUUACUGGAAGAUUCAGAAGUUUUGAAAUACGUCUGUAUCCGAUUCCAUCAAUAUGUUUUGCAACAAUAAGGUUCUGAAGGGUUUGAGAGCCAUCAUGAGAUGUUUCUUGUGUGACACCUUGGUAAUGAAAAGUCUUUUUUAUAGACCAUCAAUUUACUAACCCAGCUGAUAUUAAUUUGCACAGUUAGGAGGUAUAAUUAUUUACGGAUUUCAGCUGGUUCCUUGCCUUGCCGUGGAGAACUGCUUUUUCUUUAUCGUGUUCAAUUCUUUUUUCCUGUGUCGUUCCACUUUAUUACACAACUUUAUUUAUGGACUUUAAUGUUAUUAAUUCUUUGUAUUUCCAGAUUUCUUGAGUUAAUACUGAUAUCUGGUAAAAAUUUCAUGUGAAUAGCCUCAUUGGAAAUAUAUUUACUGAAAAAAUGUUGACACAUUCAAUACUUAUUUCCCCCACUGUAAAGUGGUAAAACUGGUAAUACUUACAGGUCUUACAGCAGAAACUUGCAUGGGAAGUGAUAGAGUUACAAAAUGACUAUGUAACCAAAGAACAGAUUGUGUUCCUUUUGUUAAAAACAUUUAUUGGCAUAUUCUUAAGUAAAACAAGCAAACAGUACAUCUAAAAAAAAAAAAAAAAAAAAAAAAAAAAAAAAAAAAAAAAGGGAACAAAAAAAAAUUAAAAUGCUGCAGUUUUGGCACUAAGCUACACAGUGUUGCCAGUAUGGAUGUUCCAUAAUGCAGAACAGGACUAUCCAUGGUUCACUCCCAGCUGGACUUGAAAGGG